AUGUCUCGACAUCAUCCAGAUCUCGUUAUGUGCCGUAAACAAUCCGGCAUCGCCAUCGGCCGUCUCUGUGACAAGUGCGACGGCAAAUGCCCUGUAUGCGAUUCCUACGUGCGCCCGACUACUCUUGUGCGUAUUUGUGACGAAUGUAGUUUCGGUAACUACCAAAAUAAGUGUGUCGUGUGCGGCGGCGAGGGCAUAUCAGACGCGUUCUACUGCUUCGAGUGUACGCGACUGGAGAAGGAUAGAGACGGUUGCCCCAAGAUUAUAAAUCUAGGCAGUUCACGUACAGAUGUAUGUUUCCAUCUCUCUCACUUGAGUCUCCAUCGAACCUCGAAUUAUGCUUACACGUUUUACAGCUAUUUUACCAAAAGAAAACAAAUCGGACGGGGUACUAGCCUCCAUGAUGCCCGGGUCUGGGCUGUGGUUGCUUGUGCCUCGGAAAUUCAGAAUUAUUAG